AUGGACAUGGCAGCGCAGGACCUACGGAAGACAAAUAAUAGACUAAAAGUGCUGGUAUUAUACGGCAGUCUUCAGCGAAGGUCUUACUCUCGCCUGGUAGCGCUGGAAGCCAGCAGGAUUCUCUUUCGGUUGGGAUGCGAUGUGCGCGUGUUUAAUCCGGACGGAUUACCACUCAGGGAGAUGAGCAAGUGGAGCGACGGACAUGUUUGGGUAUCGCCUGAACAGCACGGAAAUUUGACUGCCGUCUUCAAAAAUCAGAUUGACUGGAUUCCGCUGACUACAGGUAGCGUGCGUCCCACACAAGGCCGUACUCGUGCCAUCGCUCAGGUGUGCGGUGGAUCGCAAUCAUUUAACGCGGUUAUCUCUCUUGGUAUCCUUGGCCGGUGGAUGCGGAUGUUUACUAUCCCAAAUCAGUCCUCUUUCCCUAGAGCAUACACGCAGUUUCCUGGCGAAGGUCAACCAGGAGAUGAGAGGCUCAUGCCUAGUAGUAAUAGGGACCGGCUAGUGGGUUGUAUGGAGGAGUUUGUAAAAUAUACUAUCCUCAUGCGGCCUCACCUGGGGCUUUUUGGUGAUCGAUUCAGCGAGAGAGAAGAGAAGAGGGUCAAACAGGAGAAGAUAAAGCAAGCAAUAGCGAAUCAGCAUUAA